AUGUUCCAGAGAGCUCAAGGUUCGAUUGAUGGUACGAUGGAAGGCGAUAAUGCUCAGGCCAAUAUGACGUCCCGAUUUUCGUCUGACAGUUCUCGUCCUACGACUGGCAACGCCUCCCAGGCUCCAGUGACUGAUCGCUUCUCGAGCGAUACUGAUGACAGGCCGUUCACUGGAGGGCAAGGAAGUAGCGGUGAUCAGGGGAUGAGGAGUAUGUGGAUUGAUUCUAGUCCUGAUAGCGCUACUCGCCAUGAACGGGACACUGAGCUGCAGAGAAGGCAGUUGAGGUGGCAGCAGAGAGGGCAUCAGGUUGGAGCGAGCGAGGUCAGUAACGCCGGCAGGGAGGUGGAUAUCGGUCUCGAGACGGAUCCAGACACGCAGCAGGAGAACCUCCAGCGAGUACAGCCAGUCAUCAGACUGUGCAUGGCCAUUCGUCUAUACAAAAUUUCAAAAGAUGACACGCAUGCAUGA